AUGUCUUUUAGUAUUCCUUUCUGUCAAGAAAAAUGCCCGAAACUAUCAGACAUUUUUCUAAUCAAAGCAUGCCCAAAUAGUGGAUUAAUGGCAUUUGUUUCACAAUCCACAAUUUAUCUCGGACAAUCUUCGAUUUAUGGUUGUCCAAUCAUAGCAAAAUAUCAACAAACUGAUGAAGAAACACAAAAACACGGACCAAUAUACUGGAUGCAGUGGUUUGAUCGAAGUUCUAUUGCAUGGGGAACUUGUUCUGGAAGAAUUCGCGUUGGAUCUAUAAAUCAUGAGAACCAAUCGAUUACAAUUACAUCAACAUUCAAUGUAAAUAUGCCAAUGAACGCCGUUUUUACAGCUUUCAAUUACAUUGCUGUUUGUGAUUCAAAUUCCAAUAUAUUUUUCUUUUCCAAAGAUGGCAAACAUAAGUCGACAAUUAGUUUUAAGAAAGAUACAGCACAAUUCAAGUCAGUAAACUUUAUUAGUCCUCGUUAUUUCUUUGGAAUUUACGGUGGAGUACCUUUAGUCGCAUUUAUUGACGAAAAUACAAUCGAGCAUCAUACACAGUUCUUGUUUAAUUUCGAGCAAGUUGACAAUGCAAAGUUGAUUAGUUAUUGCCCUAGAACUGCAGUUCUUGCUUUUGCGAAAACGGACAACUCUGUACAGAUUCUAAUAGUCGGAAUUUCAAGCGAAACAUUUUAUACGAUAACACCGCCAGGAGACGAUGAAAUUUUAAAAUUAUAUUGGUCAAUUGACGGAAAAUACCUUUAUUCCAUAUUUUCCAACGGUAGAGUUGUUAUUUGUAUUAUAGACCUUUUUGAAAGAGUCACCUUUCUUAUCCCAGACCUUUCUGAUUCUGUAAAUUUGGAAUUUAAUUCUCAAUCUCAACAGCUUUUCGUUUCUAAUCUUAAAGAAACCAAGGUAUUCUAUAUCGGACGUAACAACCAUAACAUUAUGUUCACUCCAAAUUCACUUGUUGAGCAUAGAACGAACAAAUUUGUUGCAAAAAUCGACGAUUCUGAGAAAUCCCUUCCUUCUAAGAUAUUUCCUAUACAGUAUGCCACAUCAUAUAAGAAUAACUACGCUGUAGCAAACGCGAAGGGCUUCGUAAUGAUCAAUAACAACAAAUUUUCAGAUUUUAUUCCUUCAAAAAUAGAUAAUAUGUGUUUCAUGAAGGAAUUUUUAUUCGUUUUCGGAUUGAGAGUUGAAGAAUUGAAGCAAACAUGGUACAGAGUUCAAGUUUUUAGCAAAAACUUCCAAAGACUCGCCACGUUCGAGAUCAAUCACCAUCCUUCGCAUUUGUCAUCAUAUAAACAUACAAUUCUGGCUUCUUGUGACACAAAAUACACAAUUAUCAAAAUUACUAAGGAAAAAACACCGAUUCCGUUUGGAAACAGGUUCAUUUCGAUACGAACUACUGAAGAAAAGUCCAAGAUACCGAUUAUUGGCUCUGCAAUUACAGAAAAUGAAGAAGUUUUAUUAUUAUACAAAGAUUUGAAUGUCGUACAGCAGCCAAGCAACGAUAUAAUUGCAAGAAAAGUUAGAUCAAUAUGGAAUAAUGACUAUCCACAAGUUACAGUCCUCCAAAAAUCGAAUUCUUCAAUAAUUUAUUACAAAUCGGCAACUAUUCUGAAAUCCAAUAGUGUAUUCUAUUGUGACAGUUCAAAGAUAUACUCAUUAUCAUCGAAUCAGGCCUUAGGAUCAAUUACUUUCUUUAAUGAAAAUUAUAUUUCAGAAUUUUUACCGGAGUUCAACAAAAAUGAAGCGGCAUUUCGGAACAUUUAUUUAAUCCUUAAAGAUGACCCGAAUUUCGCUUCAAUUUUUGCAAAUAGCUUAGAAUUAAUUUUCAAACACACCAAAGAAAAUUUGGAGCCAUUUUUGGAAUUAUACAUGAAAGUACUUCAACCUGAUGAAUUUGCAACCGUAAUUUCGGAGUCGAUCCGAGUAAUAAAAAACAAACAUCGUCAAGUUUUAUUGGAAAAUCCCAAAUUGAACUGGAGCCAAAUCAUGAACAGGAUUCCGAACCGCGAUGCCGUUCGAAUUUUGUUGAACGUUCAACCAAAUUAUUUUUCUAAAUUUGCCCAGGAAGCGAAACUACAGGACCCAACAUCGCUUGUACAAACUAUUAUUGACUACGGCGCUGUUCUAAUCGGUUACAGAUUCGCAAUUAUUUAUAAUCUCAAUCCAUUUGACAUUUUAUCGAAAAUGGAUCCUUACAAAGCCAUAAGAGUACUUAAAAUAGAUAGGAUUAGAUAUGACAAUGCACAAUUUAACGAAUUAAUCGAAAAAAUUCGGAAACUUUUUGAAAAUCAACAGUUUACACUGCUUUUAUACGUUUUAGAUCUGUUCUCCACUGACCAGAAUGCAAUUUUGUUCCUUGAAAUGAAUUAUAAGAAUCUUUCGGCAGAUUUCGCUAAAUUGAAGGCAAGAUUGAACGAAUAA